AUGCUUUUCUUCAGCUUCUUCAAGACCCUUACGAACCAGACAGUCACCAUCGAGCUCAAAAACGACAUUCGCAUCCGCGGUAUCCUGAAGUCUGUCGACCAGUACCUUAACAUCAAGCUGGACGACAUCGAAGUGCUGGACCUCGACAAGUACCCGCAUCUGUCCUCCAUCAAGAACAUGUUUAUUCGUGGUAGUGUGGUGCGCUAUGUAAUGCUGCCGCGGUCGGAGGUUGACGUGGGAUUGUUGGAGGAUGCCACAAGGCGGGGUGAGUGA